AUGGAUUUAGUAAAAUACCUUAACAACAAUGAGAGGGUUCGCAACAUUUGCAUCCUGGCCCAUGUAGAUCAUGGGAAAACCACCCUGGUGGACAAUCUAAUUAGCUCCAACAAAAUUAUAAGUGACAAGAAUAUUGGGAAGGUGAAGUACCUAGAUAACCGUGAGGACGAACAGAAGCGGCAGAUCACCAUGAAAAGCUCCAGCAUCCUUCUUAAGCACACUUACAACAAGGCCUACUUGGACGAGUUGUUCCGCGAUCGGGCAAGCGAACAAAAACCGCCAGCCGAUAAAGAUAUGCACAUCACCGGAAAGCAGAUUACCCCCCCGGAUGGAGAACAAGUCAAACCCACUGCCAGUCCAAAUGGCCACACCAGUAACACUCGUAGCGUCAUCAAGAGGAGAGAGGAGACAGACGCACCAGCGCAAUCGCAGACGGAGGCUGACGCCGAAACGGCGGAAGAUAGAAACGUACACCUCAUUAACAUCAUAGACACCCCCGGACACGUGGACUUCUCCUCCGAAGUGUCAACGUGCAUUCGAAUCUGUGACGGAGCACUCAUCCUAGUAGACUGCAUAGAAGGAAUGUGCAGCCAAACGAAAAUUGUGCUCAGACAAACGUGGAAAGAAAUGAUAAAAAGCAUUCUUGUGAUUAACAAAAUAGAUAAGCUAAUAACGAACCAAAAUAUGGACAGCAUAAGUGCGUAUGAACAUAUAAACAAUAUAAUCGAGCAGGUGAAUGCCUACAUUUAUCAAUUAUACGUGGAAGAAAAUAUGAACAACGAGAGUGUUGAAGCGUCCGAAUUGGAAAGGUAUACCUACUCACCAUUAAAAGGGAAUGUCCUGCUUUGCAGCAGCACACACUGCUGGUGCAUUGAUAUGAAUAUCUUCUCCACCCUGUUUUGCAAAAAAAUGAAUAUAAAUGUGAACAAUUCGGAAAAAAUAAAAAAAUACAUGUGGAACCAAUAUUACUUCAACACCAAGGAGAAAAAAAUUCUUAAAAUGACAAACGAUGCAAGUACAUAUCAAAGUAACAGCACUGGUGGAAAAAAAAAAAAAAAAAAUUUAUUCUCCCUAGUGGUGCUAGAUUUUUUAUGGAAAAUUUACGACAUUACAAUGAUAAAUAGGGAUGACGAACAGAUAAAAAAAUUAUGUCUCGAGUUAAACAUUUCAAAUUAUUUUUUAAAAAAAAAUCAACAAAAUAACGUCGAAAAUAAUAUCUUCAUUUUGGUAUAUAUCAUGUCGCAUUUUUUGAAUUUAUCAAGAUCAAUUUUUAACUCCUGUAUUGAAAUUUUCCCUUCGCCCAAAAAUAUUGACACAAAUAGACUCUACAAAAUUUAUCCAUCUUUGUAUAAUGAAGACAUUUAUCGGAACAUAACUGAAUGCUCCUCCUCCACGGACUUUACCAUCAUUUAUAUUUCCAAAUAUAUUUGUGCCAAUGUGCAGAAUAAUACUCUUAUAGGCUUCCGCGGUUUUUAUGACAAAAAUACCUUCCUAUCCAUAUGCCGCAUUUAUUCUGGCAUUUUGUAUGAAAAUAUGUUCCUCUACAUUUGCGGCAGGCGCAUCAAAACCGUCGUCAAGAAGAUUUACAUUUGCAUGGGUGGGGAUCUACUACCUAUUGGGCAGGCCUACGCGGGUAACAUAGUGGCCGUCUACUUGGCCAUAGUAAAUGUGGACGGCACCCAAAUGGGGAACAAGGAUUGUAGAGGCCGUAGUGGCUAUUGUGGGCACCAUCCCAGGGAGGACGCCAAAAGGGAGGAUGAUGGAACUUCCCCCAGGGGAUGUGACAACCCCCCCGUUGAAACAGAAAAUAUUAUGAACAAGUCGGGAAACUGCCCCCAAGAGAACGAAACUGCAUCGGAAAACGAAUCGCACACCGACCAUGGAACCCCGAGUAGUAUGCCCCUAAACAUAGACUACCACGGUGGGGGCAAAAACGACCUGCAGUACCUCUCCAACACGCUCAUGAAUUUGAUAAAAAAUAAACGGAGCAAAAAGCAACACAACAUAUUUAUAAUGAACAGUGAUGGAGUUUUUCUAAACAAAAAUAUUACCCUGUCUAGUGAUCCAAAUGCCGACUCGUUUAUCUUGCCCUUCACGGAUACCUGCUCAACAAUCCUGCACACCAUAAUCGAACCGAAGAACAUUCAAGACAUGAAUAAAUUCCUAUACGGAUUAAUCCUACUCUACACCUGUGACACAUCCAUCGAUAUCGAUUUUAACGAAAGGGGCGAAUACAUUUUAAAGUUCUGUGGGGAAAUACACAUGCAGAAGUGCCUCUCCGAUUUUGUAAACAUUUACAGCAACAUUGAAAUAAAAACCUCCGACACGAAUAUAUCCAUUAGGGAAGGAAUACAGGAAAAUGUCGUAAAGGUGAAGAGGAAGAAAAAUAAAGUACAAGAAAGUAUGAAGGAUUUGCACACACAUUAUGUGAAAAUUUGCAUGGACAAUCAGGUCAAAUGCGCUACAGGUGGGGAAAGUCCAAAAGAGACCAACAAUAAAGGCAUGGCCGAUAGUGACAGUGGUAUCGUAAACGGGGUGGAAAAGAGUCAACUUCAUAAUGCAGCAGAUGAUGACUGCGAAAGAAGCAACUGUAACAAUCCACGUGGUUGCAGAACCGAACGAGGAGAGAACCAUCCGACGAGCAUUUUUAGACACAUCCAGCUGGACAAAGAAAACCACUUCCUAAACAUCCUUUUCAAUUACAGUCACAACACAAUUUGCCAAAAGUUAAGUAAUAACUCCUUUUACGUUUUUUUAAGUGCUCUAAAUAUGCCCCCAAAUCUGCUCAACUUUUUUGAUAAGCAUUAUUCUAAUAUACAAGCCGUGUUAGAAAACAGGUCCAUAUCUCCUUCCUUUUUAAAUUAUGGUAAAACUGAUUCGUCUACCACAAAUGAACAAGUCAUGUAUAAGCAGUGUUUGGUAAACCUGGAGAGGUGCAUCAACGAUUUGUGCUUUUCCGAUAAAGUUGACUGCGAAGAGGCGGUGGAGGAGAAGUCCUCCUCCCCAGCGGGAGUCGACGUAGACGACACAGGAAAAAGUUACCUUACCGGCCCUAGCGGUGACAACGCUGUAAAUGCUCUUGACAAUGUGGACCAUGUGAGUGAGGGACCCGCACCUGGCCCCCCCUCCAGCGGAGAGAAAGCCAACCAACUACGCAGAAACAAGAACUACCAACUGGAACUAUGGGACGUGUGCGUGCAAAACGGAAGCGUCACCCUGCUGUAUAUCAAAAAAUAUUUUAGUAAAAAGAAAAAUGAUGAAUACAUGCUCGACAAUAUCAUAACGAAUGAAAAGUACAAAAAAAUAAUUAACCAGCGGUCCUUUGUAGACACUUACCUUUCAGACACCAAUAGUGACAUAAAUAUCUACUUGAACAAUUUAUGCCUCGGCUUUAAAAUGGCUUCAAAAUACGGCCCCAUCGCCCAGGAGCCUAUCAGAGGAGCCCUGUUCAUCAUCGAGGGCCUAAUAAUCGACGAGGUAGAAAAUGGAGACCCAUUCGAAGACGUAAACUCAAAGGAGGAAAAUACCGAAUGGAAAAUCAACGCAGGGAACAUCAUUGCACUAAUGAAGGAAGCUUGUUUAAAUGCCGUCCUGCAAAAUAAGUUACGCAUAUUCGAACCCAUGUUAAGGUUAAAUUUGACCUGUGAGAGCAACGUCUUAGGAAAGGUCUACAACGUGCUCCUCAAAAGAAGGUGCUCAAUUUUAUCAGAGGAAAUAAAAGAUGGCUACUUCCUAUACUGUAUAGAUGCCUACCUGCCUCUGUUUAAUUCGUUUAAGUUGGCAGAAGAGCUAAGGUCCAAAUGUUCUGGAAAUGUCAUUUACGAUAUUCAGUUCAGCCACUGGAAUAAGUUGAACGAGGAUAUCUUCCUGUCCAAUGAUAGCUCCACUGUCGUCUACGACGAGGACUUCGACGUUAAGCUGAUGGAUAACACUGCCACGGAGAUUGUAAACUUCAUUCGGAGGGCGAAGGGCCUAGAAACGAACGAGAAGAUAAUACAAAAGCCAGAGAAGCAGUGCACCCUCAAAAAGUAA